AUGGACGUGCUUUGGCGCAUAAUCAGGAUGGCGGCGUAUUAUCCGUCGCGGCUGGGUCUCGCUUAUUUCACUGCGAUAGCGGCGAUUGGAUUCUCGUUGGCUCUACCUUGGCUGUUUGGCGACGCCAUUGAUCUUAUGGUGGGUCGGGACGGGGACCGGUUCGCGGUUCGUGAAUUUGUUCUCAGCGAAUUAUUGCUCUUCGGCGUCGGAAUCCUGAUGGUGAGUCUGGGCCGGGGAUUCUGCGACUUCGGGCGCACAUAUACAACUGAAUCACUCUCACAGAAGGUUUCUUUUGACUGUCGAAACCUUCUCUACGACAAGCUGCAAAACGUCAGCUUUGCUUUCCACGACAGAGAGCACACUGGCGACCUGAUGUCCCGCGCCACCGCCGAUGUGGAAGCGAUGCGCCGGUUCGUCAACCUGGGAAUGAUUCGGUCGCUGGAUGUGGUCGUUCGCAUUGUUGCUAUCCCGCUUAUUCUUUUCUUUGUCAACUGGCAGCUGGCGCUGGUGAGCAUGAUUUUUGUGCCCGCUCUGGUGCUGCGAUCCAGCCUCGUAAUGCGGGCAUUGCGCCGCAAGUGGUUGCACGUCCAGGAAGUAAUGGGCGAGUCGGUUACGGUUUUGCAGGAAAACCUGGCCGGAAUGCACGUAGUAAAAGCAUUUGCAUCGGAAGACUACGAACGGGCCAAAUACAAUCGCAAGGCCGAAGAAUUGCGCGUCGAAUAUUACGAUGCCGAGCGGAUGCAAGGCACUAACAGCGCGUGGAUGACCCUGUACUUCACCUUCGCGCUGGGCCUGAUUCUGUGGGUAGGCGGUUGGCUGGUUGUCGAAAAUCGACUCGCCCCUGGUGAACUGGCCAUGUUCUUCCUUUAUCUGAAUCAGCUGACUUUCCCCAUCCGGGCCUCGGCGCAGAUUAUCAACACGUUCUCACGGGCCAUCUCGUCUGGGCAGCGUUUGUUUGACAUCCUGGACACCCGAUCGCCGGUGGAAGAGCGGCCCAACGCAGUACCCAUGGACAGGCCAGCCGGGCACGUGCGCUUCGAAGAAGUGGGUUUCGGGUAUGCAGACCGUUCUCCGGCGCUGAAGCACGUUGAGCUGGAUGCCAAGCCGGGACAGGUAACUGCCAUCCUGGGCGCUCCCGGCAGCGGGAAAACCACCAUCGUCAACCUGCUGCCCCGUUUUUACGAUGUCACUGACGGUAAAAUUACCAUCGACGGAGAUGAUAUCCGGGACUACACGUUGCAGUCGCUGCGGCAUAACGUCGGCAUCGUGCACCAGGACGUGUAUCUGUUCAGCGCUUCCAUCCGCGACAACAUAGCCUACGGCGUCAGCAGCGCCACCGCCGAAGACGUGGAACGGGCAGCCAAGGUUGCGCAAUUGCACGACCAGAUCAUGGCGCUGCCAGGCGGUUACGGUACCUGGGUUGGUGAACGUGGGGCGACUCUGUCCGGCGGCCAGCGACAGCGCCUUUCCAUCGCAAGAACCAUUCUGAUUGAUCCUCCGGUGCUGAUCCUUGACGACUCCACCUCCAGUGUUGAUGUGGAAACCGAACGCCAGAUUCACCGGGCCAUGGUUGAGGUGAUGAAAGGGCGGACCACGUUCGUUAUUGCUCACCGGUUGAGCACGGUGCGGGAUGCCGACCAGAUUCUGGUACUGGAUAAGGGCGUGAUUGCCGAACGGGGCACCCACAGCGAGUUGAUAAAUCAGGGCGGCAUGUACCAGAGCAUCUACGAACUGCAACUGCGGCCCCAGGAAGAAAUUUUGCUGGAGGCGGCUUUGCCAGCCAUGGUUGACGGGGGUGCGCCAGCAUGA